AUAAUCCAAUGUUCAUUGAACCAUAAGAGAAUAAUAAUAUUAUCAUUUUUUAUAAAGAAUUAUGUUAAAUAGAAGUAAAUGAAGUUGAAUUUUAUUAUCAUUAAUGUAAAAAUAGAUAUCAAGUAUAAUUGAAUAUGUAAUUAUUCUUCUACUAUAUUUCAAAAAUCAUUUUAAUAUUGUAUUCUAUCAAUUACUAAUACAGUAAAUUGAUACAUGACAAUGAUAAUGGUAACAACUGAAUAAGAUUGGUUCUUGAACCUGUAGAGAUAUGAUACAAUGUCUAAAAUGAAUAUCAAAGAAAAAGAUACAAAAACUUUGGAAAAGUUUAAAUUAUUUUUUCGCAGUAAUAAAGGAAACUACAAAUGUAAUGAAGAUCACAUUCUAACCCAAGAAAUAGAGAGAGAAAUAUGCUCUCAAAAUCAGAUCCAUCAUCGAAUUCGAGCAAUAAAGGAUCUUUGUGAUGAUAUUCGACAUAAUAAUUGGGAAGAGAAAGCUGCGGAAAAAUUAUGGAACUUGGUUAAAGAUUUACUCAGCAAAGAUACUCCAAAAGAACACCGGCAUACUGUCUUCAAUUUUCUCUGUUGCCUAGUUGAAGGUCAAUACAGCAGACUGUCAUCACUAAUUCGUGUGAAAUUUUUUUUAAUUGUUAAAGACCACGAAAUUCCAGAAGAUAUAUAUUUAAGAUUACAAUUACUCCAACGAUUAACUACUAAUGGAAAAGACAUUCGUGAUCUUGAAGAAAAAAUGGGUCCUUUUUUGCUAGAAUGGAUGCCAUUGGUAACAAAUGUUGAUGGUCAAAGGGGAGCAGAUUUUUUAUCUUUACUAAUAAAUGUUAUUAAAUAUAAUUCAGCUUAUAUUGAUGAGGAAAUUGUUUCUGGUUUGGUGCAGUACACUUGUCAUCUCUGCUGCUGUAGCAACAGUGCAGAUGUUGUUUCAGGAUGCUUAUCAACACUGGAGACAAUUGUCGGCUACCAUAAACUCCAAGCUGAUUCUUUACAAACCUUUAUCGCUGCUUUAUGUAAAAGUGUUAAUGUAGAGAGUUAUUGCUCGAUAAGUUGGGAAAUAAUGCGUAAAUUACUUGGAACUCACAUGGGCCAUUCAGCUUUAUGUACAAUGUGUCGAUUCCUUCAAGAUCCUACAUUUCAACGAGAUGUCAGAUUACUUCGUGGAGCAGUGUUUUAUGUGAAUAUGGGACUUUGGAGUGCUAAUAGAAUUCUUAAACUAGAAUGCACUCCAAUAUCAGUACUUCCUUCUUUUUAUCAAGCACUCAACUGCAAUCAUCCGAUUGUUGUCUUUGAAGUAAUUCUGGCUAUGAAAGGAUUGAUAAUAAAAUUCGGUGCAGAACUUUUAGAACCUAUUUGGAGUAUAGUCCUAGAUAUUAUAGAAAAGGUGAUUGAUCAUGUGGAAAAAAGUAAUCAACCAGCUACGAAACAAGUAAUUCCUCCACUUCAUGAAACUUUGAAUAGCAUUGAGUUUUUAAUUGACAAUUCUCAGUACAAUGGAAGAGUUCAAAGGUUUUAUGAACUUGUUGAACGAUGUUCUGAUGCAAGACCUGAGAAUUCAGUGCUUAAGUUAAUUGAUUACCAAGCAUCAUUAAUCAAUCCUACAUAUUAUCAUUGGCAAUUAAAAUUAAAGGCACUGAUGGAACGUUAUUAUACAGUAGAGUCUAGAACUAACAUUAGAGUAAAAGUGUUGGAUGUGGUAACAAAAGUAAUCCACAUCAAUAGAUCACGAUAUGAAGACGAAUUGAUUGAAAAAAUAAUUGUCCCUUAUCUUCAACAUGUUGACAUGGAUCCAGAUAUAACAAUAAGAAAUGUUGCAGCUAAUAUGUUAGUGGAUUUGUGUUUAGAGUGUGAAAUCAAGAGGUGUUUGGAACUUUUGGAUAUUUUAGAAAAAAUUAUUAAUAGACCUUUUACAUCAAAUACGCCACUAACAGCUGAUACUGAUAUAAAAGAUAUUAAGACUGGUGUAGUUGGUCUGAUAAAAAUUUUAACAACGAAAAUUUAUCGAUUGCCUUCUAGUCAUGCUAUUACAGCCUACAAGAUCUUAGCAAAUCAUCUAGAAUUACAUUACAAAGAACCUCAAGUAUUUCUUCAUGUUUCUACAAUUCGUUAUUUAAUUUUUAAAUGUUUUCUAAAAAUUCGAGUUAAUUCACUCUAUCAAUUGGGAUUUGCUGAAACAGAAACUAGUAAUACACCUCACUUCAGUCCAUAUUUACUUUUGGAGCAUGUACCAUCAACAAUUGAUCGCUUAGGAUCUGGAGGAGGUAGCAGCAGUCCACCACCAGUUAGUCCAGCAUUUCUUCAACGAGUAUCUUUCCAAGUGACAUCUUUAUCAUUGGCUCUGGCAUGUAAAAAUAUUAUAUCAUGUCUAAAGCUUGAAAAAGAUUGGAAAGUUCUGCAAUUUGUGUUGAAAGAAAUGCCAAAUAUUAUGCAAAAUCGAGCUCUUAUUUUAUCUAAACAUAAUAAUGAUAUUGACUACUUGACUGCUGUAGUAUGUUCAAUGGUCACAGAUAAUCAUCUUAGAAUAUCUGAAUCUUUUUUUAAUAUACCACAGAGAAUGACACUCAGUGAUUUUCUCAUGUGUGUUUUUUCAGUUUUAGCUUCCCUAGUAUCUUAUCAUGCUCAUUUGGAUCCAAAUCGACAGCAAUAUUUGAUAAAAUGCUUGGAGAUAGGAUUAACGACUCGAUGUGUCGGCCAGUGUAUUACUAGUUUAACAACUUGUACUCUAGAAAUGCGUGAUGCUAUGAAUAAAUUACUACCAGAUGUUUUAAAACAACUAUCUAAAAUAUCAGCAACUGUUCACAUAGCAAUACCAAUUCUGGAAUUUUUAUCAACUCUUACAAGAUUACCUAAAGUAUUUUCCAGUUUCAUUUGUGAUCAAUAUCGAUUGGUUUUUGCUAUUCUUUUACCUUAUACCAAUCCUUUUAAAUACAAUCAUUACAUAGUGUCUUUAGCACACUAUGUCAUAGCUAUUUGGUUUUUAAAAUGUCGUCUACCUUUGAGAAAAGAUUUUGUUAAAUUUAUAACAGCUGGUCUGAAAGGUAAUGUCUUGGAACCUCUAGAAGGACUUUUAAAGAAAGAUUUUAGCAGCCUAAAUGAAGACUCAUCUCACCGAAAACGUAGCUCGAGUUUGACUGAACAAGGAAGUAGAGGAAGGCGAGAACGACCAAUCGUUGGGAAUUCUAUAAUUAGUGAUUUAAAACCUCCAAUGGAUGAGAACUUGAUGAAUUUAAAUAUUGAAUUAACUGAAACUUGUUUAGAUCUUAUGGCAAGAUAUACCUUUUCUACAUACACUGCACGACCUAAACGACUUCCUGCUGCUGACUUUUUAUUGAAAGAAGGUCAAUCAAUGACUUGGCUGCUUGGAAACCGAUUGAUUACUGUUACGACUAGUGGAUGUAGCUCUAAAGCAAUGAGAGGUGGAUUAUGUGAUAAUUGUUGGACUGCUUGUAAAGCUUUUUCAUCAACACCAGAAUAUAAAGCUGGUGGAAAUGUUCUUCGGAGAUCUUCAGAAGAAAAUCGACUAUCUAGACAAUCUUCAGGACAUACUGGAUCUAGUGGGAAUACUGCAACUAAUUCCCCAACAGAAGAAGUAAAAAAAUCAGUUACUGCGGUUGCUGAUGAUGAUUCAGGAAAACAUACAAUAGAGAAACGAGACUUUGCAGGAGAAAAAGACAUAGAGAAUAAUAAAUUAGAUCAAAUUCUUGGCAAUGAUAAGCAAGAUGAAUACUUACCUUGUGCAUGCUGGUGCCAGGGAUGGGCAGAAAUAUAUGUCCGCAGACCAACUGGUGAUGUCUCUUGGAUUAUGAGAAUUCAAAAUUCAGGACAGUUUGACGGCUCAUUUGAAUUACCAAUGCAUGAUAUUACAACACUUUAUAUGCCUACAUCAGAUACUUGGAUAAAUCGAAGUCAAGAUACGACAACUACAGAAUCAUUUGAAGAUGAAAAUGAGGAAAAAUCAGAUGGAAAUUCGGCAGCAGUUGGUGAUGAACAUCAGGCUACUGCUUCUAAAGCAACUGGACCUAUCACUAUACCUGGAUCGCCUGGAGCAAGGUUUAGUACGUCGAGACAAAGCUCAAGAGAUAGUAUUGAAAGUUUAGAAGAUGGAGAUGAUGACUUGAGAAAGUCGAGAAAUCCAGUCAGAAGAUCCAAUUCCAGUCCAGAAAUGAGUGCUAAUUGGAAAAAUCCUUUUCUCAAUAAAGACAAAUUAAUUAUUCAAUCUGACAAUACCAAUUCAGCUGAGUUUGAUGGAAAGCAUGGAAAAAAUAAUUAUUUUUUAGUAGCUAAAGACAUGAGAGUCAGCUGUGAAGCUAUUCCUGAAGAGAUAUCUGGAAUGGGGACAACUCCACCAUCUGUAGAAAUUACUGGAGAACAUUCCAAUGUUCUUAAGACACAGUAUUCCUAUCCUGAAACUACUCAACCAACUGGGAAUAAUAGUGGUAGUAGUAGCAGUAGUAGUAGCAGUAGUAGCCAUAGUAAUAACAAUAAUAUUAAUAGUAACACAGUGCCAGCAUCACCAACUGCUGUUCAAUCCUCAGGACAUUUUUCAAUUCCAAGAAAUCAUCAGCAUCAUUUAUCAUUGUCAAAACCACCUCAAAGUCCAACACAAACUUAUUCACGAACAUUAUCAACAGAUACAAGUGUCAAACAAAUGUCUUCAAGUGUAACUGAAAGCAAACCACCAAGCGGAAGAUUUCAUCAGAAUGAUCGGUCUGAUCAAAAGAAAGAUGAUAGACCUGAUCCAUCAGCUUUACCACCGUUUUCAUUUCGUGAUCGUGGACAUACCAUUUCAGUGAUGUCACCUGUCAAGCCUCCUCGGGCAUCUCCACGCAUCAAAGAAUUACCAAAAACCAGAAUGAACCCAAGUUUUGUAUUUCUCCAACUCUAUCAUUCAUCGUACUUUGGUAGUACAAACGAAAAACCUCUUCUAGUGUCUCCAACACCACCUUUACAAAGAGCUAUAACUAAUUUUGAUAGAAUUCAACCUUAUGAGACUCAUAAAAUUGGAGUUUUAUAUAUUGGAGCUGGUCAGGCAUCUAAUGAAGCUGAAAUUCUUGCUAAUCAACAUGGUUCAUUGAGAUAUGCAGAAUUUCUCCAGCGUUUAGGCACUCUAGUGUGUUUGAAGGAUGUAGAUGAAAGUGUUUUCCUUGGUGGACUUGAUCGUAAUGGAGAACAUGGUAAUUUUACCUACAUUUGGCAGGAUGAUGUUACUCAAGUUGCCUUUCAUGUUGCUACUCUCAUGCCAACUCAACAAAGUGAUCCAAAAAGUACAAAGAAAAAGCAACAUAUUGGAAAUGAUUAUGUCACGAUUGUGUAUAAUGAAAGUGGUGAAUCUUAUGAUAUUCAAACUGUGAAGGGCCAAUUCAACUAUGCUUGCGUUGUAAUUCAACCCUUGGAUCAUGGCACCAAUCAAGUGACAGUUCAAGCGAGAGAAGAACUUGCAGAACACAUUGGUCAUAGUGAAUUGAAAAUUAUUUCCGAUCAAAAUCUAGGUAUUCUAACCAGGCAAUUAGCUCUUCAUGCUAAUCUUGCAUCAAUGGUGUCAUCAUCAUUAAAACAAAAAGGACACAGUCCUUACGCUUCUAAUUGGCUUGAGAGGCUUAGAAAUAUAAAACGACUAAGACGUAGACUCCAGGAAUCAUCUAACAAUAAUUCUACUGGACAAAUCGAUGAACAAAGAUCGAGUGAACGUGUGCGAAUGGAUGAUUUUACAGAAUAUACAACAUAGAGAAUUAUGUAAUUAAUAAAAACAUUAAAAAAUGAUAA